AUAAAGCUUGGGGCCCUUUCAAGAAAUACGUCAGGGAACAUGUUUCAUUGUCGGACAUAGAUUGAAUCUUAGUUCUAGCAUUUUUUUUGUUGUUGUUGUUUUUCUUCAUCAGUUAAACUCUAUUGUAUCAUACUGAUUGUGCAUUUUCAGUGUAUUCCCAAGCCACACCUGUCUUUUGCUUUUUUGUUUCCUUUCCUUUGUAUUUUUUUUGUAAUUUUGUCUUAAAAUUCAUAAAUAAAGUUUAAAAUAAACAAAUAAAUAAGUAUAUAUACACUACUGGAAGCAGCAUGACCAAGAGAAAAGCUAUGAAAUGUAGAGAAUGGACUAUUGGGAAUAAUUUAAUACACAUUAAUGGAAUAAUAUAUUAGAUAUAUUAAAAUGCAAGUCAGCAUUGUGUUAUGGCCCACCACUGUGUUAUGGCAACUGACAAAAACAGGAAUCAGUAUAUUUUAUCAUUUUAAAAACUUGCACAAACAACAAAGAAUAAAGAAUAAAAAUAAAUUAAUAAUAAUUCAGUUAGAGCUCUGAUAUAUAUAGCCAUUUCCUGUAAUCAUUUCUUGAAAGAUUGUGUGACUACUUCCUCUUCCUGCUUAUUGUUAGAAACCAGAAAUGAACUGGUAGACUUCCUCUGCUUACUACCUUUAUAAAAGGUAAAAUGGCAACCUUUCAGAGUAUUCUGUCUUUUUUUCAAGUUUUGAUAUGUGUGACAGUGAAGAGCAAGGCUGAAAGUGUUUUCACUGGAACAGAAGGAGGCAGUGUGGAUAUCUCCUGUAAAUACCCUGAUGGAUAUCAGUAUUAUACCAUGUAUUUCUGUCAUGAUCCAUGCACUUAUUCUGAUGUCUUAAUUACAUCAGAGAUGGUUGAUAAGUUCGUCUCUAUGGGAAGAUACAGUGCAGUAAACACUCCGUCUGAACGGAGUUUCUCUGUCACCAUCAGACACCUCAGAUUAAAGGACUCCGCAGAUUAUUACUGUGGAGUGGAGAGAUGGUUCUACGACAUAUUGACUAAAGUAAAGCUUACUGUUAAUAAAGACGUAACAGUACCUGUGUCUACACAUGCUCCAGUGCCCAGGCAGAAUCAAAGAUCUAAAGUUACAGAGUUUUCCGCUGCCACAUCAGCUACUGCAGCUACAGAGCAACCCGAUGACUUCACAGCGAUAACAACUGCUGUAAAUAGAGGAAAUAAAUUUCCUACUGAGUCCACUUGUGGUCCAGUGUUGAAGCAGAAUCAAAGCCCUCACAGCGAUACCAAGUACUGCAUAAUUGAACCUACAGAAAAUGACUGAACUUUUAGAAGCUCCAUGGUGAAGUGAUGCAUUCAACUUGGACAAAAGACCAGAGGGGACGUUACCUAAGAGCUAAACAUUAUGUUGGUGUCUGAUACAUUAAAGCAUAUGAGCA